AUGGAGAGCCCACACGAGCAGCAACAGAGCCUGCUGCUCUCCAGGAUCAUCACGAACAUCGAGAAGUUGAACGAAGCCGUGAUGAUGAUGAACAGAAAUCUGCAGGAUGUGAAUGUUCAGAAUAUGAAUGUUGAAUUGGUUGCGCAGAUGUUCAAGAAUUAUCAGUCAAAUGUUCUUUUCCAUCUGGAAGCAACGGACAACCUGAAGGGCCCAUUAUGA